CUCUCUCUCCCAUUUCAAUUUAUAAACUCUCAACCCCUUUCCAGUCAUAUUAUUUUCUUCAACUCUUCUUUAAUUUUAGCGAUGGCGGGGGAGAUCCCGGGGGAGGAGGUAACGGCGGCCGGCGGGAAAAUGACAGUGUUGACCAAAACUCACGUGAAGCCGAGAAAGGCGGUGGGCAAAAAAGAGUGCCAGCUGGUCACAUUCGACCUCCCUUACCUGGCCUUCUUUUACAACCAGAAGUUACUCGUUUACGGCGGCGGCGAGUUUGAAGAUACGGUGGAGAAGUUGAAGGACGGGCUGGCGGUUGUGCUGGAGGAGUUCUACCAGCUGGCCGGGAGGCUGGGGAAGGACGAAGAAGGGGUGUUCAGAGUGGAGUACGAAGAUGAAAUGGACGGCGCCGGCGUCGAGGUGGUGGUCGCCGCCGCGGAUGGGGUGGCGGUAGCGGAUCUGAUAAAUGAAGAAGGAACAGCCUUGUUCAAGGACUUGAUCCCCUACACUCGCAUCUUGAACUUGGAGGGCCUUCACCGCCCACUUCUUUCCAUGCAGCUCACCAAACUGAAGGAUGGACUCGCGAUUGGGCUGGCGUUCAACCACGCCGUGCUGGACGGCAUGUCCACUUGGCAUUUCAUGUCCUCGUGGGCCGAGAUAUGCCGCGGGGCCCACUCCGUCUCGGUCCCACCCUUCCUCGACCGCACCAAGUCGCGCCAGACCAGGGUGAAGCUCAACCUCUCGCGGCCCUCCGACGCGCCGGAGCACGCCGAGUCUUCACCGCCGCCACAACAGCCCAACGGCGACGCGGCGGCGCCACCGCACCUCCGUGAAAAGGUGUUCAAGUUCUCCGAGUCAGCAAUCGACCGGAUCAAGUCAAGAGUCAACGCGCAAUCGGACGGCUCAAAAAAGGCAUUCUCCACGUUCCAGUCCCUGGCCACUCACGUGUGGCACGCGAUCACACGCGCGAGGGAACUGAAGCCGGAGGACUACACGGUCUUCACCGUUUUCGCCAACUGCCGGGGGCGCGUGGACCCGCCGAUGCCGGACGCGUACUUCGGGAACCUGAUCCAGGCGAUUUUCACGGCGACGGCGGCCGGGGCGCUGAUCGGGAACCCGCCGGAGUACGGGGCGGGGCUGAUCCAGAGGGCGAUCGACUCGCACGACGCGAAGGCGAUCGAGGGGCGGAACGAGGAGUGGGAGAAGGACCCGAAGAUAUUCGGGUUCAAGGACGCCGGAGCGAACUGCGUGGCGGUGGGGAGUUCGCCGCGGUUCAAGGUGUACGCGGUGGAUUUCGGGUUCGGAGGGCCGGAAAGCGUGCGGAGUGGGCCCAACAAUAGGUUCGAUGGGAUGAUGUAUCUGUACCAGGGGAAGAACGGCGGGAGAAGCGUCGACGUGGAGAUCACGUUGGAGGCGGCCGCCAUGGAGAAGCUGGAGAAGGACGAUGAGUUCUUGCUCGGCGGCGCUGCUGGUUUAAUUUAAUUAGUUCAAUUAGGCUCUUAAUUAAUCAUUAUUAUUAUUAUUUGUUAAUGAGAUCUUAAUCUAUUACUAUUAUUAUU